GUUAUUAAACAGAAAAAAGGGUUCAACUGCUUAUUUGAUAGAACUUUUUUUUUUUUUUAAUACCGCUGAUCUGAUUUGUCACAUGCGUCUGGCUCAUUUAGAGACUGUCAAUGGUCUGGCGGCGUGGCACGUGCUCAUCAUUGCUGUGACAUCACCCAAAUGCUCCCUUAUUGUGAAUCACCUUAAAACAAUACUUGUUCUCAUCCAUCACCAUGGUUUUGAUGACUUAUCGCCUGAGUUGGUUUGGGUUUUUGUGUUUGGAUAAUAUUUAAGUGAUGGAAACAGUGUAAUACCAAAAUUGUGUUUUGUCGACAUUUAUUUUGAUAAAGUUUUACGCAUGUGUGUAAUGUGUAAAGUGAAGAAAGAGCGGGAGGCUCAACUCUGGAGCAACUUGAGAGAUUUUUUUUAAAGAUAAAAGGGAGCAUUUUGCAACAACCUAAGAACAUCUUUGAAUCUUCAAUGCAAGAUAAAGACUUCCUGAACACAGACACACUAUCAAACCACAUAAAAACAUUAACAGAAAAGAUACCACAAAGUAACUUCCCCUAGUCUUUUUUUCAUUCCUCAGCAGAAACAUAUUUUACAAAGUGUCUACAAAAAUUGUUUCUCUUUUCUUUAUUACAUGUUGCCAGUACUGGAUUGAACCUCCCUGUUGCCGUCAGCCUUAACCCCUGGUGGCAUUGAAUAACAAGGAGGAAGCAAAUGAUCAGAAGACUCACUCGGAGCUGCAGCGCAUGAUGGGCGGGGAAAACAUUGAGAAACCUAUAUCUGGUUUUCUGAAGAAGUUCUUCGUCAUCUGCAUUCUCUUAAGUUUAAUGUUGUACGUCUACCACGGAUGGCCGAGAAGCUACAACUACUCCACGUAUGGCCACUUGAGUAUCAAUGGGAGUUUGACUGUUCUGCUGUGGUACUGGCCCUUUGGACAGUCAUCUGGUGUUGGUGGUGACGUGUGCUGGGAUCUCUUCCACAUCCCUCACUGUAAGCUGGUAGACGAUCGCUCCUAUUUUUCUUCUGCAGACAUUGUGGUGUUCCACAACAGUGAGCUGGUAAGGGGGGGACAAAAGUUGCCCACCGACCUCCCAAGACCACAAGGCCAGCGGUGGGCCUGGAUGUCCCUGGAGUCUCCAGCUAACAAUGGAAACCUGAGACCAUUUGCAAACAUCUUCAAUAUGACCAUUUCCUACAGGAGGGAUGCUGAUGUUACCGUACCUUAUGGAAAGCUGCUACCCAAGGAGGAAGAAACACCACUGCCAGAAGACAUUACUGCCAAUAAGACCUCCCUGGUCUGUUGGGUGGUCAGCAACUACCAGAGCCAUCAUAAAAGAACUCAGGUGUACAAAGAGCUCAACGCCGUGGUUCCAGUGCAGGUUUAUGGCAGCUGGGCAAACAAACCUCUCGCCUCUUCGGAUCUGCUGCCCACUAUCUCCCGCUGCUACUUCUACUUGGCUUUUGAGAACUCAGUGGCCAAAGAUUAUAUCACUGAGAAGCUGUGGAAGAACUCUUAUGAAGGCGGAGCAGUGCCUGUUGUCCUGGGACCGUCAAUCCGAGAUUACAAAGCUGUGGCUCCACCUCAUUCUUUCAUCCACGUGAAUGAGUUUGCAUCAGUUAAAGAGCUGGGAGAAUACUUAAAAGAGCUGGCAAAAGACAAAAAGAGGUACGCAGAGUAUUUUAGCUGGAAGCAGCAGUGGAGGGUGAAGCGUUAUGCUGAUUGGAGGGAAAGACUGUGCAACGUCUGUUCUCAAAACAGCAGUUUACUAUACAGAAAGACUUAUUCAGAUUUAGAGGCUUGGGACAAGGAACCUUGAGUAUUCUAGAAUUAUUGUCACAUUUCUGCAACGUAAUUUAUGACAUUUGUUGACUCCGAACAUUGAUGAUAUCAUUGAUUGAUCAUCAUUUUUAAUUUUUUUUUCAAAGGCAACAGUUGUAUUAUAACUCAGAAUGCCAUAUAUAUAUAUAUAUAUAUACAUACUCUGGUAGUGCUCACUGGUGCUGAAGGGAUUUUUUUAGGCCUACACUGCUCUCUAUCAAAAAAGGGUGUUAUUGUAAACACAGGUAACGCGGUGAUGUUGGACUGUGUGUUUAUUUAACGUUAAAAACCAGGUUUGGAGUUUUUACAUAUAGUAAACAAGGUUUAGAGUUAACACUCUCAGUAACUUGUGUUAGUGGUAUCAGUCAGUGUUUUUGAGAUGCUAACAACAUUUACAGUUAGAGGUAUUGUAAAUAUGCUAACACUUCUAACUUAGCUAACAUGUAACGUGUCGCUAACAAGUUCUAGGGUAUGUUCGAAUUCAUUCAAUACUCUCUAUAUAGUGCAUUUGCCAUUUUGUCGUGCUAUUCGAAUCUACACUUCCAAAAGCGAGUGCACUAGAAACUUCCCAGAAGUCUUUGCAAAAAACCAGUGUGCAUCGAUGCUCACCACAGUAGCAGAUAUAGACCACAGUGCACUGCGUUUUAAGGAUUUUUGUGGGGACAAAAGGUGUUUACAUGUAUUUUUUUCAAUAAACUAUCCACAAUGCCAUCAUAAGAACACAGUGGAUUAAUAAAUAGAUGUCAAAUGUUCAUAUUGAUUAGAUUUUGACUGUGAAAUCGGUGACAUCCUAUUCGGGAAAAGAAAUUCUGAACAUGGCAUACGAAUUGUUUUUUAAAAUACAGGGAAGUAGAUUGUCCUGCACUAUAUGGUUUUUUAUUAGUUAGGGAUUUUUGUGGGAAUUUGGAAAUAGCCCUAGAGUCAGUGUGAAUGCAGAAGUCUGACUGAUGGACUUUUCUGUCUCUUUUGUCUUACUUAAUGUGCUUUGUAUAUGGCAUCAUUUCAAAAAUAGUAUGUUCAUUGGUGGUGCGCCUUAUAAUCCAGAGUGCUCCAUAGUAUGGAAAAUACAUUAGAUUUUUCAGCAAAGUAAAAGACAGUCAUCAGUCUGGGUUUAAAUUGAAGCAACACUUAUUAGGAUGCUUUGUGGCAUUUCUGUAAAACCAACUCCGAACAUUUUUUUCUUUCAGCAUUUUGUGGUACAAGAGUGGCGUUUUAAGCUGACAGCUGCAUAAACUAGCUGAGUGAGGCUAUCAAGUAGACAGCUGGAUAAAAAUUGUUUGUUUUUUUACGUUACAAUUUUUUAAACAGGGUUUCUUGCUAAAAUUAAUGGUAUUUUCCUGUAUCUGUGAAAUACUUCACAUUGGCCUCGAAACAACCGUUGCUCUACCAUUCCAUUGUCUUCAGGUCGUUGUUUCCUUUUAAUAAAUAUGUUGUGUUUUUGA